AUGAGCGGGAGAGAUGCGUUCAAGUGGACGGCUGCCAUGCUAGGGCUCCUGGCUAUCGCAAGAAUGCUGGGGGGAUGCCUCGCCACAGCGCAAUGGUGGCCUCCUCCAGCGGGGAAACUGUCAAAUUAUUGCGCAGCCCAGGCCACUGGAGCUGCUGAUGCUCAUUUCGCAGAGCAGGACGCAGCAGCUACUGUGAUUAAGAUCCGUGUCGACAAUCUACGCAGGCUGGCGUCGAAUGGCGCGACGCUACUGUCUGGGAUCAAUCUGGAAAUCAAAGCUGGAACAAUUCAUGGCCUCAUUGGCCCUUCUGGAAGUGGCAAAUCGACAGUGUUGCGAGCAUUGAAUCGGCUAUGGGAGCCUCCUGCUCGAGCGAUUUUCUUGGAUGGAGCGGACAUCACACAGCUCGAAGUUAUAGGACUGAGACGUCGAGUUGGAAUGGUGUUCCAGGCUGCGUGCUUGUUCCCUGGAAGCGUCGCUGACAAUGUGAGAUAUGGCCCGCUUCUUCGAGGAGUCCAUCUCUCUGACGAAAGAAUCGAGGAGCUUCUCGUGCGAGCGGGCAUCGCUGAUCCAAGCAAAAGGUUUGCAUCAAAGUCCGAGAAGGAGCUCUCUGGUGGCGAGGCUCAGCGUGUCUCGCUAGCUCGGACUCUGGCAAACGAGCCCGAGGUUCUACUGCUAGACGAGCCAACCAGUGCUUUAGAUCCACUCUCGACCAAUCUCGUGGAGAAAACCGUGAUGGAGCUCCGGAGGGAUGGUAUGACCGUGGUUCUAGUCUCUCACAACAUGCAGCAGAUAGAGCGCAUUGUUGACGUAGCCACUUUUCUCUGUGAUGGAUCUGUGGUGGACACGGGAACUCUGGAGCAACUUAAGCAGCUCCGUGUUCCAGUGCUCCAGCAGUUUUUCUCGAUCAGUUCAAUCUAGUAGUUUCUUUAUUGCCUUAC